GUCACAACAUGGCGGCGCCAUGAGCUCUCGCAAUCCUAGGAUCACGUCAAAUUUUAUGUUGCAGUGCACUGGCACGGAACAACACCAUAUGCACAGUGUAACUGAUACCGCGGGAAUUAGGAUACAGCCAAAAUGCGUCGUAAUAGUAAACAUAUUUAUAUACGUAAACACCAUAACAUCCACCGUUAAUGAAGGAAGUUGAACGCAAGCCACAGAAAUCCUUUCUCUGUCUUUGAAACAAAUGAAAUCUGUUAACGGGGUUUGCUGGACAACUUGGAAACAGGUGCUGUUAAGAAAGAACCCAUUAAUGGAACACUGGAAUCAUGCUGUCCCAUGAAAGAAUACAUGAAUGCAACCCUUCAAACAAUUGAAACAUGGAGAUUCACAAUGGAAUCAAACCUCACCAGUGCCUAGUGUGUGAGAAAACAUUUACAGCCUCAAGUAACCUGCAGAAACACAUGAGGGUUCACAGUGGAAUCAAGUCUCAUGAAUGUGUUGUAUGUGGUAAAACAUUUACAAAAUCAGGUAACCUGCAGGAACACAUGAGGAUUCACACAGGAAUCAAGCCUUUUGAAUGUGUUGAAUGUGGGAAAGAAUUUGCACAAUCAAGUCAUCUGCAGGGACACAUGAGGAUUCACACAGGAAUCAAGCCUUAUGAAUGUGUUGAAUGUGGGAAAACAUUUCCACAACCGAGUGACAUGCAGUCACACAUGAGGAUUCACACGGGAAUCAGGCCUUAUGAAUGUGUUGAAUGUAACAAAACAUAUACACGAUCAAAUGGUCUGCAGAGACACAUGAGGAUUCACACGGGAAUCAAGCCUUAUGAAAGUGUUGAAUGUGGGAAAGAAUUUCCACAACCGAGUGACAUGCAGUCACACAUGAGGAUUCACACGGGAAUCAGGCCUUAUGAAUGUGUUGUAUGCGGGAAAGAAUUUCCACAACCGAGUCACCUGCAGAAACACAUGAGGAUUCACACCGGAGUAAAACCUUACAAAUGUGCUGAAUGUGGGAAAGCAUUUACACAAUCAAGUCAUCUGCAGUCCCACAUGAUGAUUCACAGUGGAAUCAAGCCUCAUGAAUGUGUUGAAUGUGGAAAAACAUUUACAAAAUCAGGUUAUCUGAAGUGCCACGUUAGGAGGCAUUCAGGAAUCAAGGCUUAUGAAUGUGUGGAAUGUGGAAAAACAUUUUCAGAAUCAGGUCAUCUGCAGAGACACAUGAGGACUCACACAGGAAUCAAGCCUCAUGAAUGUGUUGAAUGUGGGAAAAAAUUUGCACAAUCAGGUCAUCUGCAGGGACACAUGAGGAUUCACACAGGAAUCAAGCCAUAUGAAUGUGUUGUAUGUGGGAAAGAAUUUCCACAAUCGAGUAAGCUGCAGAUACACAUGAGGAUUCACACAGGAGUAAAACCUUAUGAAUGUGCUGAAUGUGGGAAAGCAUUUGCACAAUCAGGUCAUCUGCAGACACACAUGAGGAUUCACACAGGAAUCAAGCCUUAUGAAUGUGUUGUAUGUGGGAAAGAAUUUCCACGAUCGUGUGACCUGCAGAUACACAUGAGGAUUCACACAGGAGUAAAACCUUACGAAUGUGCUGAAUGUGGAAAGACAUUUACACAAUCAGGUAGCCUGCAGAAUCACAUGAUGAUUCACAGUGAGAUCAAGCCUCAUCAGUGCAUUGUAUGUGGUAAAACAUUUACACAAUCAGGUAAUCUGCGGAAACACAUGCAGAUUCACAAUGGAAUCAAGCCUUAUGAAUGUGUUGAAUGUGGGAAGACAUUUACAAUAUCAGGUGACCUUCAAAGACACAGUGGAAUCAAACCUCAUUAGUGUAUGAUAUGUGAGAAAAUAUUUCUCCUUUCAGGUAGCCUUAAAAAACACAUGAGGAUUCACACCAGAGUGAAAGCUUACGAAUGUGCUGAAUGUGGGAAAGCAUUUACACAAUCAGGUCAUCUCCAGAAACACAUGAUGAUUCACACUGGAAUCAAGCGUUAUGAAUGUGUUUGAAUGUG